GGCGCCGUCACAAAAGGAAGUGGCGGCGGCGGGGCCGUCAGCGCGGGGAGGGGCGGGGGCGGCACCGGCACCACCGGCACCACCGGCACCGGGACCACCGGGAGCGGCACCGGGAGCGAGGAGGCGGCCGCGGCGGGGGCCGCGCCGCGCCAUGGCCCAGCAGCAGAUGAGCAGCUCGCAGAAGGCGCUGAUGCUGGAGCUGAAGUCGCUGCAGGAGGAGCCGGUCGAAGGCUUCCGCAUCACCCUGGUCGACGAGUCCGACCUCUACAACUGGGAGGUGGCGAUCUUCGGGCCCCCCAACACGCUCUACGAGGGCGGAUACUUCAAGGUAUCAUUGAUGCUAAUAAGCAGUGGUUUGGUGCAGCAAAGGGACACAGAAUUGCAGGCUCACAUUAAAUUUCCUAUCGACUAUCCAUAUUCACCACCUACCUUCAGAUUCCUGACCAAAAUGUGGCACCCCAACAUUUAUGAGAAUGGAGAUGUAUGUAUUUCAAUUCUUCACCCACCUGUAGAUGACCCACAAAGUGGAGAGCUGCCAUCAGAGAGGUGGAACCCUACCCAAAAUGUCAGGACUAUCUUACUGAGUGUAAUCUCUUUGCUUAAUGAGCCCAACACGUUCUCCCCAGCCAAUGUGGAUGCAUCAGUCAUGUUCAGGAAAUGGAGGGACAGUAAAGGAAAAGACAAGGAGUAUGCUGAAAUCAUAAGGAAGCAGGUUUUGGCUACCAAAGCUGAGGCAGAGAAGGAUGGUGUGAAGGUCCCCACUACACUGGCAGAGUACUGCAUCAAAACUAAAGUGCCUUCCAAUGACAACAGUUCAGAUUUGCUUUACGACGACUUGUACGAUGAUGACAUUGACGAUGAAGACGAGGAGGAGGAGGAUGCCGACUGUUACGAUGAUGAUGAUUCUGGCAACGAGGAGUCCUGACCUGCUCCCUCUAUGCCCCUGUACUGCCCUGCCAACUCAGGCCAGAAGGGAGCAGCGGUAACCUAGCAGCAGUCCAGCAAAAAAGUUGGGGGGGGGGGGUGUAAAAAAAAAACAAAACAAACAAAAAAAAAACCCAACACAAAACUUUGUCUCCUGCUGUCUCCUGUUGUAUGGAUCUGUUUGCUCCUUUUUUAUGGACCUCUUAGAGACCCUCCACAGAAUGUCUGAAUUCUUGCAUUCUUAACCCUUUCAUCACUGUAUUACAAUUUCUUUUUGAAAAAGAAUCUCCCCUUUUCACUUCUCUACAAAACGCUCACAGCAAAACAGGUUUGCUUGUGUUUAGAUUCUUGAAUUAAAUACAGUCUUGCAUUGAGAUGUUUAAUGUAUUUAAAGCUGGAACAAACCCAUUGGAAGCCGGGUUUUUGGGAGCUCAAAGUGCUGCAUUUACUGGGAAGAAAAAAAAUCCCCAUGAAGCAAAUUGCCAAGGUUUAGCUGCUCCAUUUACAAUAAUAGCGUGUGUACAUUCAUUUAGCCUUGUGGUGGCUUUUUCUUUUUAAGGUGUGGGGUGGAGAGUGUAAAGCUGCUGUGUGUUGAGCUUGAUGGGAUGUCACUGAAAGGUACAGUAUUCCUUUUCAGCCUGCUAAGUUAGGAAAUAGCUGGCCCCUGGAGCCCCAGAGGGCACAAUCAGCUUUGUCUCUGGAAAAGCGUUAUGCUAUGAACCCUAAAAUAAACACUCUAACACUUCACAUCUGUACAACUGAGCCCUGGGUUGCUAUUUUUUUUUUUCCAGACUAGGAUAGGAUUGAAAAAGUUCAGUUUAGUUGUUCUGCUGCGAUCUGCUGCCAGCUGCCCCUCUCUGGAGGGAGGAGAGCAGAUGUGCAUCCUGCUGCCCAGAGGGCCACCAUUCAUGCUAGACUUACUUUUGGCAGUGGGACAGAGCAGCAGCCUCCUGCCCUGUUCUGGCUGGCAGCCCUUGCUCCCUGCAGCCUCAGCCCUGUGCGUCUGAAGCUGCCUUCUGUCGCUUGUGUAGGUCACCUGUGGGCAGGUGCAGCUCUGCACGGCCAAGCUUAAAAACACUUGAUAAUGCCCUUGGUUUGAGGUAGGUUUCUCUGCACAGAAAAGGUAAUUAACUGUGUAGGAAAUAAAAAUGCUUUAUGAUUUCAGAAAAGACAAUCCAAGUCCUACAGUGUGAGAUCCUAGCUCCCUGAAGAUGUCUGGCAUUCUGCCGACCUUUCAUUGGCAUUGACUUCCAUUCUAAUUCUCUGUGUGAACAUAGAAGCUGAAGUUAUGAAUUGGGGUUUCAGCUAGACACAGAAGAGUUCCUAAACGAGCGGAAUUCUGUUUUCUGCCAGCACUUGCAUUUUUAUAGAAACAACUUCUUUACUGUGGUUUUGCAGCAGAGUGGUAAGAGGUAGCAAAGACUAGAUUUUUUUGGUGGGUUUUUUGUUUGUUUUGUUUUUGGUUUUUUUGUUCGGGUUUUUUUGGUGUUCGUUUUUUUGUUUUGUUUUGGUUUGGUUGUGGUUGUUGUUUUUGGUUUUUUUUGUUUUUUUUUUUUUUUUUAAUGUAAGAGGAGUACUUGGCAUGCACUUCCCAGAGGAAUUCACAGAGCCCGCUGGGGCGGCAGAGUUCGGAGCUGCCUUGGUGCCCGCGGGGUGUGCGGCUGUCUCUGUGCGGCGGGCAGAGGUGGGCAGUGCCGGGCUCUCCCCAGCCCGGCUCCUUGGCGCACAGGGCUGUGUGCAGCCCCACGGCAGUGCAGGCCAGCAGCAGGUUUUGACAGACUCUUCAGCAGUGUGCUUCAGCGGUGCCCCCGGCUCAGCCUCCCGCAUGUUUUGGGAGCCCUUGGCAGAGCUCAGGGAGCUCCGUCGCGGGCAGGAGGAUCCUGCACGUUCUUGUCUCAAAACCCUCUUCCUCAGGCCCUCGGCCCUCCCCCGCUGCAGCGUGCUCGUGUUUGGCUGUGGUGCGGUGCCCCGAGUUCCCCUUUCGCACGAUCCUGCCAUCGGCAGCCGGGCCUGGCAGCCCCGGGAGCAGAUCGGAGGUGCCGGCCCGGCUUGGGCAAGACCCUCCACAGGUACAGAGGCGUUACCCUGACCAGAGCCUGCGCCUUCCCUCCGUGUAUUUCAGGGUUUUCCAUGGUACGUCGCCAGCUGCGGGUCCCUCGGGGGUCCUUCGGUGGGAAUAGGCUUUGUUCUGGAUCCGUUCCGUGGCUGCGUCCCGGGGUGAGACUGAGCAAAAGCUCCGUGUGCACUGCCCGGACGGAGAGGAAAGGAGUGGAAAAGAGAGGAAGGCCCUCGGGGCCCCGCAUGAAGUGAGUGAGGCAGAUCUAUUUCCAAAAUGUCGCUUGGCUGGGUUUUGCAGACACAGUCCCUGCCCCGGCCGUGCAUCCCUCUCUGCCCGCAGGUAGUGAAGACUGCCGGAGUGGCGAUUCCUCGUGCCCGGCGCUCCCGCCACGCCUGCCCUCCUCCUUGCAUGUUACCUGGGAAGGCAGCUGCACUCUUCUGAGGUGUCAGCCUUCUUCCAGUAAGGACUGACUCAGCCCCAGAUGCUUUUUGGAGCCUGCAGCGAGGCUCCCCUGCAGCUAGUAACAGGGUAGGGCACCCCCAGCUUCACACCAGCCCUGCGAGGGCAGCGCCAGGGUUGGUAAAUGGGCCCCUGAUGCUCGCGGCUGCAGGACUGGUGUGGGGCCACACCAGGGCAGGGGCACCAACCUCCAACUUCCAUGUGGCUGUGGGGGAUGAAGGAGCAGAGUGUGGCAACACUGGGUUUGCUGAUGACUUGGUUGGAAAUGAGGAUACUGCAUCUUUCAGGAUUUCCCUUGUACUUUUGACCGUCUUCACUGUAUACUCUCCAGUGACUUGUAUUUCCAAGCUUGGUGUUGUAAGAUGCAUUAUUAUGACUCUUCUGUUACCCUUUUUUAAUGACAAAAAAACAACCUCUUUUGAGAGCUCCAACAUUAACCAGACUAAUUUCUCUUCCCCCACUGUCCUGUGCAGUGUCAUUGCUUGUUGACUUGCUGGUUUCCUUUUUUUGAGAUACAACUGAAGUAUGAGGGGAUUUUUUUGAAACUAUUUAAGAGAUUGCAGAAAAAUGUUUACCUGCUCUGUGUACUCUGGGUUUUUCUUAACCUCUUUUUCCCUGUUUCAGUCAAUAUUAGCCGUUACAUUUGCAACUUACUUGUCCCUUCAAAUGCAGUUUUCAACCAUUCUGAAACCAGCAGGGUACACUAGAUUUCUUAGUAGUUUUCUUAGCUGAACUCCCAGAUCUUUUCCUUUUUUUCUUCAGUAUAAUUUACCAGAAAGAAUUAACUGAUGCAUUUUUGUGUUGUCUUCUCCUUCAGUAGUUAUAUUUUGUCUUUUCUGCACAUCUGUCUACUAAUAAAAAUGUGAAAUGAAAAUAUC